GUCGACUUUUCUUUUCUUGCAUUUACAAGCAGUCAUCUGUUUCACAUUUCACUUCCAGCAGUCCAGUUAAAAUGGCGACCCCAAGAAUCGGUAUGAUGGUGAGGACAUUCUCCUCCUCCGCUGUGAGGCAGGAGAUGGUCAAGCCACCAAUUCAGAUUUUUGGGCUGGAGGGUCGCUAUGCCACAGCUCUAUUCUCAGGUGCCUCCAAGCAGAAGGCACUUGAUGCUGUUGAGAAGGAUCUGACAAGCAUACAGAACCAACUCAAGAACGAUGCCAAACUGAUUGACUACCUUAUCAAUCCCAGCAUCCAGAAGACUGUGAAGGUUGCUGCCAUCCAGGCUGCUGCCAAGCAAACAAACAUGUCGGCACCAACUGCCAAUCUUCUUAGUUUGAUGGCUGAAAACAACCGUCUGAAAAACUUAAAUGGCACUAUUAACGCCUUCAAGCAAAUUAUGGCCGCUGUUCGUGGAGAGGUUCCUUGCGAAAUUACCACAGCUAAGCCACUUGAUGCUGCUACGCUGAAAGAAAUUGAAGGUGCCCUGAAAGGCUUCUUGAAGUCCAACCAAAAAAUUUUGCUCACCACCAAAUCCGACCCCUCUAUUAUUGGUGGAUUGAUUGUUAGCAUUGGUGACAAAUACUGUGACAUGAGCAUUGCUUCAAAGGUUCGAAAGUAUUCUAAAAUUAUUGCAGAAAGUGCAUGAAAUUAAUUGUUACAGAAUGUAGUGUCUCAAUGUGUUAUGUACAUACAAAACCUCAAUAAACCAGGUGUAAAUUA